UUGCCAGAUUCUACGACAGAAAGCUGUCAAGGAUGCAAACCUGUGGAGGAAUAUUUUCCCUUCUGUUGAAAGAUAGGCAGACCAAGCUGGCUCAACAUUUGGACUCACUCUCCAUCCAUCCACUCAUGUACAUCACAUCGUGGUUUAAGUGUCUCUUCACCACUCUACCAUGCUGGGACACGGUCCUCGCCAUCUGUGACCUGAUCUUCUUGGAAGGAUAUCAAUGCCUCUUUUGUGGUGCAUUAGCAAUACUGGAAGUGUGUUCAGCUGAGUUACUGGCCAUGGAUCGGAUUGAGGCUAUCCUUCCGUUCAUUCAGAAAUUACCAUCUAGACUGGCAUCCCAUCAAGUCCUUAUUCCUGUCCCUGUGGAGAACUUCAGUAAUGUGUGUGGAGCUGGAGCGAUAUAGGAGCAUUCUCCUACGUGAUAAUCCAGCAGCAGUGCCUACUGGAACCGAGUUAAAAACACCCAAGAAGCGUAGGACAGCUUGAAGUUUGGCAUCAACACCAGUUGGUCACUUUUUGGUCGGAUCAUAAUUGCUCUAACCCCUGUUUCUUCAAGAAAUGUAUAUACCUGCCGCCCGUGACACAACUGUUCCAGCUACCUCUAGUCUAUUUGAAACACCUACCAGGAGUAAAAAUAAGAUUCGUUUGGAUGGUGACAGUGAAUGCCACUCAGUCAGUUUGUCAUCCAGGAAGAGAAAGAGAGACAAUCAGGAGAACUCUGAUCCAGAAUUCAAUGUCCCUGCCAUUAAAAUGAAGGAGUUACUCAUCCCAGAGAAACGUCUCCGCCCUUCCCCGUCCUUUUAUACCAACAGCAAAACUCAUUCUCCACCUUUCUCACCGUCUCUUUCUAUUCCUGCAGCAUUUAUCUUCUCCCCAACUCCUACAGCGAGUUGUGGAACCUUAGUCUAUGAAACGCCAUCAUCUAAACUUGCAGCUUCUCCCAAGACUGAGCGUGAGAUGCUAUCUCCAGCAGUGAGAAGAAGUGAAAGGGUAGCUCAGAGGAAGAGGAGCCUAGCAGGCAUGAAACAACCGUCCUUGCUUUCAUUUUUAUAUCCUAGGGAGUGCCCGCUACAAGAUAGGCUUCACACUAGGGAGUGUACCAGUGGAGAAAGAGCAGCAUUUCAGAGCUUUGCAACUGCCACUUCAGUCAAAACUCACCUGAACACUCAAUUAAUGUACUAGGGAGUCCAAUUCAUUUAUUUUAAAGAAGUUUUUUGUGAAUAUUUCUAUGAUCACAUCAUUCUGUGUG